GUUUGUGGUUUGGAUAUGAUGUGGGGGUACACCAUGACUCAGAUGUUUGCUGUGGAGGGGGGUUUCUCACUGCACUUGUUGUGACAAGGCAUGCUGGAGGCCCACCUGUGUAGCGCUGAUGUCCUUGUGUUUGUGAUGUGUGUGAUGGGUGUGUGAUGGCAUCUGUAGGAAUGUGUGCUGAUUGUGUGUGACACUGUUGCUUGUGACCGCUUUGUGUCCUCAGUGAUUGUAUCCAUGAGGCUGGUGGUGUUUGGCACCAAUGCCGGGGAAUGAAAAUUCAGGUUUGUAGGUGAAACCUACGUGUGUUUGAUGCUUGAAAGUUCCAGGCAGUGUCUGACUAUUGCGUGUGUGACUGUGUAUGUAUGCCCUGAGGUGUGUUUGUCUUAGUGUGAAUUUGGCAUCUUUGAUACACCCGUGUGUGACCAUGAACCCUGAGUAUGCCCCUAAAGGCUUUGUGGGCCUUUGUGCAACCCUGACCCUUGCAUACUUGAGACUGGUGUAUAUCUCUCUGCGUCCUGGUGAACUGACAAAACCAGGGACAGGUGCAGCCCCCUGAGACCCUCCCAAUUUCUCUGCCAUCCCCAGGUCAGCACUAACCCACUCAGAGGGCAGGCCUGAGCCCCUAAACCCCCGUCUGCCCGGGCAAUGGUGGAGGGGGCAGGGUAUUUAAAUGACAUCUGCAUAGUCUUCCAGGCAGGGUCGCCCAAAAUGUUCAUAGACCCAAGGCUGUUAGACAAAUGUCUUCUCUGCGUAGCCUUCGUAGGUUGCCCACAAUUGUCCCGAAGAGGCAGGAUGAAGCGGAUCAUAUUUUGGCACACAUCCCUUCCAGUCCGCUCUCUCUUCUCUCAGGGGCGUUCUGCACUUCUUUCCCUCCGUUAUAGAAGGUACUUAAGUAGAUUACUAAUGUGCGCAUUUACAUACAUUUCCCAACUAACUGUGCAGACAUUUAUCACAUCUCUAUUCUUGGGCGGUGAGAAGGCGGGGCUGCCCAUGUAAAUAACCUCAUUUGCAUGCCACUGUCCGACCCGGCUACACGUCAUUCUCCGGCGCUCUGGGCUCUGAGAGGGUGGGCAGGCCUAUGUAAACAACCUUAUUUGCAUGCCCCUCCCACAUCGCCUGGCCUACCGCAGAACCCUCCCCCCUUUCUCCGAUCCAGCCCUUUUAACCCCCUUCCUCCUCCCGGGCAAAAGGGGCGGAGUGCAGUACGCAAAUGAGCCUCGCGUUGGCGGCCGACCCAUUUCCCCUACCUCCAGGAGGGUGUUCUGAACUUCCUUGCUCCGCCCCGCGCGGUUCACGCCUGCGCACGCACGGUCUCCUCAGCGGGUGAGGUCACGUGCCCAGCGGGCGAGGCAGGGGCGGAGCGUCGCGGGAGGUGGGGGCGGGGUAUGGCGCGCUGGGCGGCGCUGGGCGGCUGGCACAAACGACGGCGCCGAGGCCGGAGGAAAAAGCUCGCCACCCUGACGGGUCCUUUCCCAAGCCCCUAGGGGUGGCAGAGGACUUGGGGACCAGCGAGCACCCCCAGGGCACGAGAAGAGCCUCUGCUGCCUGCCCUGCCUCAUCCUGCCCCACGCCAGGCUCAGCCGUUCCGGCCCCCGGCUGCAUCAAGUGGAGGAGGCGGAGGCGGAGGAGGGUGGCACCAUGGGCCCGGGCCGUGCCCUCCAUGCCCGGGGGAUGAAGACGCUGCUGCCAUGGACAGCCCGUGCCAGCCGCAGCCCUUGAGUCAGGCUCUCCCUCAGUUGCCGGGUUCUGUGUCAGAGCCCUUGGAGCCUGGCCGGGCCAGGAUGGGGGUGGAGAGUUACCUGCCCUGUCCCCUGCUACCCUCCUACCACCGACCAGGAGCACCUGGUGAGGCCUCGGCGGGGAGCGGGACCCCCAGGGUCACAGCCACUUCCACCACAGCCAGCCCCCUGCGGGAGGGCUUAGGCGGGCAGGAUGGUGGUGAGCUGCGGCCCCUACAGAGUGAGGGCGCUGCAGCACUGGUCACCAAGGGGUGCCAGCGACUGGCGGCCCAGGGCGCCCGGCCUGAGGCCCCCAAACGGAAGUGGGCAGAGGAUGGCGGGGAUGCCCCUGCACCCAGCAAGCGGUCCUGGGCCAGGCAGGAGAACCGGGAGGCAGAGGCCGAAGGGGAGGGCGGGAUGGGCUGCAGCAGUGACAGUGGCGAGGCCAGCGCAGGGCUGAGGGAGGAGGUGCUGCCCGCCACGCCCGAGCGCCUGGCCCUGGACUAUAUUGUGCCCUGCAUGCGGUACUAUGGCAUCUGUGUCAAGGACAGCUUCCUGGGGGCAGCAUUGGGUGGCUGUGUGCUGGCCGAGGUGGAGGCCCUGAAGCGGAGUGGGCGCCUGCGUGACGGGCAGCUGGUGAGCCAGCGGGCUAUCCCGCCACGCAGCAUUCGCGGGGACCAGAUUGCCUGGGUGGAAGGCCACGAGCCGGGCUGCCGAAGCAUCGGGGUCCUCAUGGCCCACGUGGAUGCUGUAAUCCGCCACUGUGCUGGGCGCCUGGGUGGCUACGUCAUCAACGGGCGCACCAAGGUAAGGCUGCAAGGGCCUUGGAGGGGGAUGGGGCAACGCUUCUCUAUCGGGUACCUGUGCGCUUGGAGACCGGCUUCUGGGGUCACAGAAGGGUUUAGACAGCUCCAGUGGGGGGAGUGUUGGUGUUGGAGUUUGCUUUGGGCUCUGCCUCCGUGUGGGGACGUUGGGGGUCUGUGCACUUUCUCUUUCCUUGUUUCUCUAUCUUUUCAUCCAUCCCCGUCUCCUGGUCUGUCUAGUCCCUCCUGUUGUCUGUCUCUGGUCCGUCUGUUCUGUCUUCCAGGCAGGAGAACCAGGAGACAGAGUGGGGAGGGUGGCAGCGGUGAAGCCAGUGCCAGGCUGAGGGAGGAGGUGCUGCCCGCUGCGCCUGGCUGGCGCUGGACUCCAUUGUACCCCUGUGCCAUGCUGUGGCAUCUGCAGCAAGGACAGCUUCCUGAGGGUGGCGCUGGCUGCUUGUGUGCUGGCCUGGGAGAUGGGGGUCCUGUCCUCCACCUUUCCUGUGCUUCCCCAUCCUAGACUCUCCCCUCAUCCUUUCUGUCUCGUUUAUCCAUCUCUUCAUUCCUGUUGGUCCUAAUCUGUUUUCUUGAUUUUCUAUUUUGUGUCUUUUGGUACCUUUUUCUUGUUUUAGAGUAGUUGUUGUUAAUCCUUUUUUUUUUUUUUUUUUUUUU